UCUAUGCAAUGUGCAAGGUCAAUCCGCAUCUACUUUGUGAAACCGCGUUAUAAGCCAAAGAACUACAAGAAGGUAGGUAGUUCUUCGAUAUGGCGCGAGUAUUAAACUUGCUCAUGCUACUCUUAACUGCGGGUACCGUUUUUGCGGCCCGUAACAAACAAAGUCGACCAGCAGAGAAGGAUUUCGAGCAAGAAUCGUCCGACCAGUGUCCAGAGCCUUAUGGUUACUUUGCGGAUGUAGAACAGUGCGAUAAGUACUAUGAGUGCAAAGACGGACAAAUAACCGAAAAACUAUGCCCCGAUGGUAUGGUUUUUAACGAUUUUAGUACUCAAGACGAAAAAUGCGAUUUGCCAUUUAAUAUCGAUUGUACGACCAGGCCAAAACUACAAACUCCGCAACCGUCCCAAAACUGUCCUAGAAAACAUGGAUAUUUCGCCCAUGAAGAGGCGAAUGUGUGCGAUAAAUUUUAUUACUGCACAGAUGGAAAAUUUAAUUUAAUUGUGUGCCCCGAUGGAUUAGUUUAUAAUGAAAAAGUUGGCAUAUGCUCGUGGCCAGAUGAAGCUAAGAAGAAGGGAUGUUCGUCUAGAGAUGUAUUUCAAUUCGAUUGUCCCAAGGUAAACGAGAGUGUUGGUUUGACCCACCCAAGGUACCCAGACCCUGAAGAUUGUCAAUAUUUUUACGUUUGCAUAGACGGAGUCACGCCUCGGCGUAACGGUUGCAAGCUGGGGCAGGCUUUUGAUGAGAGAACUAGUAAAUGCGAUUGGGCAAGGAAAAUACCCGAAUGCGCCGACUGGUACAAAGAUCGACUAACUGAUGAACAAUUGGAUGCCUUAGAAAAUCCACCGACACCAAGACCCAGACCAACUGGCCCAAUUAAUCGUCGAAAACCUGCUAGAAAGCCUGUAGUACAUGAAGAUGAUUAGGAUAUAAGAAUUGUGACUGAGUGUGCACUGUCGUAUGUUCCUAUGCGUAAUUGGCAGUUUUUAUUGUUAAUGUAAGAAUUACAAAAUAAAUAUGUUGUUUAGUUA